UUUGUUUAUAUACGUUGAUUAAUACGCGAUGUGUAACUUGUUGAAAUUCAAAAAAAAACUAACUACGUCCUGGAAGAAGUUUCUAACAAAUUUCCGGGGGAGGCGUCAAUAUGGAUCGAAAGUAUCAGAGAGUCGGUUUGGGAGUAGGCGCGUUUCACAAUCCGCCGAUAGCAAAAUACAGCGAAGAAACCAGAAAUCUUAUCAAAUUGCUGAUGGAGGAAUCCAAGCUGACAAUGUUACAGAGAAAAACAAUCCAGAAUGCCGUGGACAACGGCGAGCCUUUGCCGCUUUCGGUUGAGAGGACGAGAAAAAAGGACGACAAAAUCGAAGACAAUGGACACCUUCUUAAAUCGAACAGUGCUUGGAGAAGACGGUCGCAAGAGACGAUAAUAAGCAGCGGUGCUUACGAGAGAGAGCAGUACCGAAGAACAACGCCCUUACUCGACAAGGAUAAACAAAAACGUCACUUGGCGUGUAUGAUGGCUUAUGGGAAAGAUAUGCCGGCGACUCCGCACGGUCCUAAGAUUCUGCACAGACCUAGACGAGAACCGCAACCGAUCGAAACCGCGGAUCUUCUGAACGACCUGGUACAAGGGAUACGAGAAAGAAUGGAUUUCUUGCGCGACAUGGAGAGUCUCGGUAUGGGAAAGAAGUAUCGAACCAUAAUACAGCAGGAAAUAGCGCAGAAAAUACGACUGAUCGAGUCUCUGGACAAGUCGACGUCCGACGAAUUGCGAAAUGAGAUUUGUGAAUUUAGAUUUGGCGAUAGAAAAAAACCGUCGCCGAGACCGUUCCUCCCGCUCGGAGAAUUGGAAGAAAAUUGAUCAAAGGUGGUGUGUUUUUGGAAAAACGUGAGAAGAGAAAUAAAAAA